AUGGGGCUGGUGAAUCGCACCCAGGUGACUCAUUUCAUCCUCAUAGGGAUCCCCAACACCGAAGGCCUCCAGACCAUCCUCUUGUUCACCUUCUUAGCCUUCUGCCUCUGCACCCUGCUGGGCAACCUGCUCAUCUUCUCAGUGGUCCUUGCUGACUCCCGUCUGCACACCCCCAUGUACUUCUUCCUCUGCAACCUCUCCGUGCUGGACAUUGGCAUCUCUUUCAACAUCGUCCCCAAAUUGCUGGCCAGCCUCUGGGCCAACAGUAGAACCAUCUCACUGGCCGGGUGCAUGGCCCAGGUCUUCGUUGUUCACUUCCUGGGUAGCACCGAGUGCCUGCUCUUCACCGUCAUGGCCUUUGACCGGUACGUGGCCAUCUGCUACCCGCUGCGCUACCUGCUGAUCAUGAACUGGCCGGUGUGCACCCUCCUGGCCACCGGCAGUUGGAUCGCCAGCUCCUUCCACGCCACCAUCAUCACCACCCUGACCUUCACGCUGCCCUACUGUGGGUCCAACAUGGUGGACUCUUUCUUCUGUGACAUCUUCCCCGUGGCCAAACUGGCCUGUGCGGACACGUCCAUCUUGGAAACCGUGGUCUUCACCAACAUUGGGGUGGUGUCUAUGAGUUGCUUCAUCCUCAUCCUCACCUCCUACAUCAGGAUCAUCUCCUGCAUCCUGAAGAUGAACACAGGUGAAGGGAGGCGCAAAGCGGCCUCCACUUGCGCCUCCCAUCUGGUGGUGGUGACCAUGUUCUUCGGGCCCUCCGCUUUGAUCUACACUCAGCCACAGCUGAGCAAAGUGCUGGUGACCCCUGUGAACAUUUUUGGCAACCUGGUCACGCCCAUGGUGAACCCGGCCAUCUACACGCUGCGCAACAAGGAGGUGAAAGCGGCUCUGAAAAAACUUAGCGGGGGUCAGAGGGCUGCCGGUUGAUGUGCAGCAGGUGUAGAAUGUGAGUCUGUUUGCAAACCCACCUAUAAAUACAUCGACAUGGUGCCUCAGUGACUCUCCCUUCACCCAGCCCCACACAGCCCCAUGUAUCUCUCUGGAGCUCUAUCUGCCAUAGGAAUGCUUCUACAAUCCUGAGCUGUCAGGCUGACAUUUUCAAUGCUGCCCGAGGGACAGUUUGCACUAGAAUGAAUCGGAACUAGAAGAAUCACAAACUUUGUAGAGGUCUCU